AUGUCCAGCGUGUCAAAGCUGAGCGCUCCCAGAACGCGAACCCUUGCCAAGAGGAACAUCAAAGAUGUAGAGGGAGAGGCUCUACGACAGAUCCUUCGUCUUGACGGCGGGACUUCGUACCAACUCUGCGAAAAGAGACCUCCAGCUCUUAACCAGAGCUGGCUGAGCUUGGAUUUCAAAGGGUUUGGGUGA